AUGUCGGGCCACAACCUUCACAAUGCCCUCCUCCGACCUCCGAUAAUCCAAAUCCUACGCGCCCAGGGCUUUCACUCAACACGUCCAUCCGUCCUAGAAUCUAUCUCCGACCUCACCGCGCGAUACAUGAUGAUUCUUGCCUCCGCCACCGCCCAGCACGCCGCGAAUGCUCACCCCGAAGAUCCCGUCCCAGAAAUUGAAGAUGUCUACCAAGCCCUUCAAGAUGCCGGCGCAAUUCGACCACAAUUACGAGAAUGGGAAGAAGAGUGGGCUCAGGAAGAAGACAUGCGUGGCUUGGACUCUCUACUGGGAUGGAUUACAGGUCCAGCGCAUCGCGAGAUUCGCCGCAUUGCUGGAUUUGUCCCCAGUGAAGGCGACAUGGUGGAUCCCGAUGCGAUUGAGAAGGAGGAUUAUCUGACUGCGCUGAAAAAGAAGCACAGUAAGACUGGUGAAGAGUCCCGGUAUGCCGGUACUGUAUUGGGCAAGACUGGAGAGGAACAUCCAGUUGUGAUUGAAGGUGGCGCGCCUAGCAUUCGUGACUGGGGUGUACAGGUCAGAAAUCGUGUGGUCGAUCGCGGCGACAGUGAUUCGUCGGGUGUUAGUAGUGCUCCCAGUCACCUCACCGACGACGACGAUGCGAUGGAAGGGUGA